CACACACACACACACUGAUCACUGAGGAGCCGAGCUGCUUUGCCUGAAAACAACAGCCCCAAUGCUCCAGCUCUGCAGGCUCACACCACCGGACACCUACCAAAUGAAAUCAGGACGAGUGUAUUCCCGCAAACUUUGGUUUGUCCCUCGGAGCUUUAUUCCCGUCUGCAGCCCGGAGCACCUGGACUCCCCGCGGGACUCGGUGGAGGAAUAAGGCUGGUCGUCGCAGCAGCAGAGCGCUAACACACCGGCUGGGCUGAGCACCAUGAGUAGGAAGACACGGCGCUGGAUUUUCCAUUUUUUCCUGUGCCUUGGAGUAGUGUAUCUGAAAAUCGGGGGUCUGUCGUCGGUGGUUGCACUGGGAGCGAGCAUCAUCUGCAACAAAAUCCCCGGCUUGGCCCCCCGACAGCGGACUAUCUGUCAGAGCCGACCCGACGCGAUCAUAGUGAUCGGAGAGGGAGUUCAGAUGGGGAUCAAUGAGUGUCAGUUUCAGUUCAGACACGGACGCUGGAACUGCUCGGCCCUGGGAGAGAGGACCGUGUUCGGGAAAGAGCUCAGAGUGGGCAGUAAGGAGGCAGCGUUCACCUAUGCUAUCAUCGCUGCUGGGGUCGCCCAUGCAGUCACCGCGGCCUGCACCCAGGGGAGCCUGAGCGGCUGUGGCUGCGACAAGGAGAAACAGGGUUUCUACAACCAGGAGGAGGGCUGGAAGUGGGGCGGCUGCUCUGCGGACGUUCACUACGGCCUGGGCUUCUCUAAGGUGUUUGUGGACGCGCGGGAGAUCAAGCAGAAUGCCAGGACCCUCAUGAAUCUACACAACAAUGAAGUGGGACGCAAGGUCCUGGAGAAGGGCAUGCGCCUGGAGUGCAAGUGUCACGGCGUGUCGGGAUCCUGCACAACCAAGACAUGCUGGACGACGCUCCCCAAGUUCCGUCAGCUGGGAUACAUGCUCAAGGACAAAUACGACCAGGCCGUGCACGUGGAGCCGGUGCGAGCCAGCCGCAACAAGCGCCCUACCUUCCUAAAGAUCAAGAAACCCCACUCCUACCGCAAGCCCAUGGACACGGAGCUGGUCUACAUCGAGAGGUCGCCCAACUACUGCGAGGCCGACCCUUUGACCGGCAGCAUGGGAACACAAGGUCGCCUGUGCAACAAAACGGCUCAGCAGCCCAACAGCUGUGACCUGAUGUGUUGUGGUCGAGGAUAUAACACGCACCAAUACUCACGCGUUUGGCAGUGCAACUGCAAGUUCCUGUGGUGCUGCUACGUCAAAUGCAACACCUGCAGUGAGAGGACAGAGGUGUAUACUUGUAAAUAGAAAUAUUUAUUGGACAUGUAUUAAGACGCACAGCUAGACCGGACUGCGCGUGUGUGUGUGUGCACGUGUGUGCGUUGUUAAUAUAUUUCAGAAAAAGACUGGCUGCGGAGCAACUACCUUGCUGGUAUUACAACAAUCACGACAACCGGUUUCUGCAACGUGUGUUGAUUAUACUGAUGCCAAUGGACAUCUGCCAUAACACUGGACGCAACCUAUGGGCUUAGAAAUUGUAUUUUUAUUUUUUAAUUUGAAUGCCAUUUCAUGCCCCAGGCUUGACUCUGCAGGCCAUACUGGUCUACUGGCACGACUCACCUCCAAACAGUGAUUUAUUUUCUAGACUAAUAAUUUAUUCAAUGAGAAAACUACUGAUGAUUUUGAAAACUCACUGUUGACUAAAUCUGGUAAGGUCUUAAGUUGGUGUAGGCAUUUUAGUAAACAAAUAUUCAAGUGCACUUACGCAAAGAGAAAUGUUCUUUUUCUUUAACAAGACAACUCACACACUGGAGCUGAAAACUGAAACGACACAAACUGAACUCGACUGAAUGACAUAUUUGGGACCAUGCAGCCUAUGUGCAUUAAGCCUCGCAGAAGAAUAUUAAACUACUGAUCCUGGGCUUGGUAUGAUAGUAUUGUUUUCUACUUGUUUCUGUUCCCUCUGCCCUACAGUUUGCUGCUAGUUGUCUGGAAAGUUAUGGAGUUUGUGACUGAGCAGCCAUAUUGACGGUUCAAGCUAAGUUGACACCACCAGAAGCAAACGCGAGCUUCCAGACAUAAAUCCCCCUAAUGUUGGUUGAUAGAAUAUAUUUUGUAAGAGAUUAUUUUUAUAUAAUAUUUUUUUUAUUUAUUUUCUAUCUCUAUGUAAGAUAUUUUUCCCUUAGCAUUUCAAACUGUUCAGUUAAUGAGUUUACUGAAAGGAGAUGACCCACUGAAACACUGUUUUAAAAAUGUGCCUUGUUUCUCUGCAGCAGAAUAUAAUGUUAUACAGAAAUAUGCCUAUUGUGAUUUGUAAUACGUGUCAGGAAACAUUAUCUCACCUUGCCUUACUACCUAUCGAGAGCCACAGUCCUGACGUCACUUCCAGGUUAGCUGCUAUUCCACAAAAGUUAGUUUGUAUGACUCAGUGCCAUCGGUUGUACAGGGUUU